UUGAUUUUUAAAGUCUCAUUGAAUGGACGGGGAAGUUUAUUUGUUUAGUUAAAACGUAUUAAAUUAUAAUAACAUUGCAUGCUGUAGUAACAGCUAAAGGGUACAUUAAAAUUGUAAUGUGAUAUUUCUUUGAAAUAAACAAUAAUCUGACACGUAUGCAAUUUUCAAAAUGGAAUUCAGUGAGAAAAACUGUGAUACUACUGACAGCAAUGAACCUAUUUUGUAUGAGAACACGGACGCAAAUUCUGUGAAUGUGGCACUAAUCGAAUCGAAAAAAAUGGAAGAAAUAGACAAAGAUGAGGAACAUUACGAGCCAUUACGGUUAGACAGCAAACCUAGACACAAAGGUACAUUGUGUAAUUUGCAGGAGGAUGCACUUAAGCGACUAAAAAGUGUGAUCUAUAUAGUGUCAGCGCUGAUAUUUGUACUGUACAUUGCAGUUAUUGUGCUGAUCAUAAGCGUUGUCAUGACAAAUAGUCGUGCAAUCGCGUCUGCAUUCUCUGUUGAUAAACCAUUAAACCACAGCAGUUUCAAUGGCACAUCUAAAGUGAUAUUCGCACAUAUGAUAUACCAGCAUGGAAUUGAUUUCAACUCGUCUACAGGGACUUUCACUUGCUCCAUACCUGGAACCUACCAUUUUUCUGUCACUUUGGUAAAGAAAAGAGCAAGUUCAGGAGUAUUUUACUGUGGACUUUACAAAAAUGUAUCAUACAUAAUAACAAUUGGAGAUCCAACAGAUGACGAUACCAAUCUAAGAGGUGCAGCAACAUCUCAGUCAACUUUGAUUCAUCUUGACAAAGGGGACACUGUUUAUCUGGGCAGCUGCAAUGAACAACCAAGCUCAUAUAUGGAACCAUUUUCUUCAUUUACUGGGUUCCUUCUCUAUUCUGAUAAUUGAUCUCAUUUUACAUUAGGCUCAUAAACAUUUAUAUAAGGUUUAAUAACAUUAGUAACUGUGUUUGAUCAGAAACAUGACUUAAAUUAAAGUUCAAAUCGCUGACAUUGUUGGCAAUUAUCAUGAUGUGCGCUCCUGUCUGAAAACAUUCUAUACGCAAAAACAUGAUAAAUUGUAUCACAGUCGAAAACUUUGUACUAAAAUAUGUACGUAUACCAGCCUCAUAUAGAGUGAGAUAUUUAACUUCCUGAAUCAAAUUAUUAUAUAGACUUUUGAUUGUGAAAUAAAUUCUUACUUAUAUUUAAGAGACAUCUAAUUUUAACCCUUAUCAUGCUGGGCACUAUUGAUUCUACCUUUGCGAACAGUGUAGAUCAUUAUCAGCCUGCACAUCCGUGCAGUCUGAUCAUGAUCUGCACUGUUCGCCAUUCAGUCAGUAACAUUUUGGUAAGCACCCCUUUUAACAGUUAAUGGUACUGUCUAAAUUUGAAGAUGUUCGAAGAAAGCGUGUUUAAUUUGCAAGCAACUUAAAUAUUAAAACUGUAGAUUGGAAAAUA